UAAAAUCAAGAUUAACUCCGUUAAUUUUCCUUUUUUAUAACACUCAAUCAUUUCAAAGCUCAAUCACCAUCACCAUAACCCAUAGUUCAUUACUAAGCUCAAAAACCUCCCGUAAUUGAAUUUGACCGUUGUGGACUUUUCUGAUAAGGCCGUGUUUGGUUGUAUAGACUCAGCUUUCUGAUAAGGCCGUGUUUGGGAAAUUCGGUUAGGGUUUUGAUGGCUCAGUCGAUGAGCAGAGGAGGGGGAAGGAGUGUGGUAGGGAACUAUGUAGUGGGGAAGCAAAUCGGCGCCGGCUCUUUCUCGACGGUGUGGCAUGCUCGGCACCGAGCUCACGGAACCGAAGUGGCUAUUAAAGAGAUCGUCACGGCUCGGCUUAAUAAUAAGCUUCAGGAUAGUCUCAAGUCCGAAAUUGUAAUUUUACAGAAGAUCAAUCAUCCUAAUAUCAUUCGCCUCCACGACAUGAUCGAGGAGGUGGGAAAAAUAUACAUUAUUUUGGAGUACUGUAGAGGAGGUGAUCUUUCUAUGUACAUUCAACAACGACAAGGGAGAAUUCCAGAAGCAACUGCAAAACAUUUUAUGCAGCAACUUGCAUCUGGUUUAAAAAUCCUCCGUGAUAACAAUCUAAUACAUAGGGAUCUAAAGCCUCAGAAUCUCCUCUUAUCCUCAAACGAUGACAGCUCCACCUUGAAGAUUGCUGAUUUUGGGUUUGCAAGGUCUUUGCAACCUAGGGGCCUUGCUGAAACACUAUGUGGUUCACCAUUGUACAUGGCUCCAGAAAUAAUGCAACUUCAAAAGUAUGAUGCAAAGGCAGAUCUCUGGAGCGUUGGUGCCAUCCUGUUUCAGCUUGUAACAGGCAAAACCCCAUUUACCGGAAACAAUCAAAUCCAGUUGCUCCAGAACAUAUUAAAGUCCACUGAAUUGCUGUUUCCUCCAAAUGCAAAAAAUUUAAGUUCUAACUGCAUAGAGUUGUGUAAAAAAUUGCUGCGCCGUAAUCCAGUGGAGCGGUUGACAUUUGAAGAGUUCUUUAACCACCCAUUUCUUGCAGAGAAGCAGCCAGAUAAGCUGUCUUGCAGGGAUAGGAGACCUCAAAGGGUAAUAGGUGGUUUUCCUAUAUCAGAAGGCUAUCCUGUGAGGAACAGAGAGGAAACUUUUCAAGAAGAUGGUUUACCCUUUAGUCUAGAUGAUGAUUCCAGCGUUCCUGAUGGUACUCCUUCAUUUGCUGGGAGAUUACCACAGAGGUUGUCACAUGGAUUUUCUUAUGAUGCAAAAGCUGAGAGGAAAGAAGGUUCUAGUAAUACCCCACUCAAAACAGAUAGUAUUGGCUCGAGCCACAGACAUACAGAAGGGAACCUGAGGGAAUCUAUUAAUUUGAAGGACCAUAGGCAAGCUACUACUCGUUCAAAAGUGGUGGAUUCGUUUGAGUUGAUUGAUCAGGACUAUGUCAUUGUUUCUGGGCCCCCCAUGGACUCAUAUUCUUCAGCAGGUGCUUCUAGGCUUAGCAAUAUGCCAUUCAGAUCAAGCAGCUCCCUGCAAGCAUCUGCGAUUUUAGAUCCUAGACCAAGUGACCCAGUGCCUAUUAUUGGUCCUCCAACUAGUAGAAUAGAUCAUUUAGGAAGUUUGGAAAGUCCCUCAUCUGCACCUGGAAGUUCACAAGGAUGCACAGAUAUCAUAAACCGUUUGGAGCAGCCGCCAACCGAUGGCAUGGCCAGAAUAGAGUCCCUGCAACAUUUUGCCUCUGCUAUCAUGGAAUUAGUAAAUGAGAAGGUUGAGGCAAGCAGGCAUCUGGAAGCAUUUUCAAUUCAGCUAGUCAGUCUUGCUAUAUGGAAGCAAGCUUUGGAUAUUUGUCAUACGCAAGCGGCGUCGGCAAUUGAAGGAAGUCCAAACCAAGAAACUAUCAGAUUGAGGGAAAUCAUGAAGAAAGGUCAAGCUAGUCUUAACAUAAAAAAGCAUCUUGAUGCUACUAACAUUUUGGGGCCGGAGAAUGUAUGCUCUCAUAUUGAAAAAGCAUUUCUUAGUGAAGUUGGUAAUGCAGAGGAACUUGCCAAACAUAUAGAGCCUGGAAAUUCAGUGGUGCCAGAUGCAAUGGAGAUGAUAUUUCAAUCUGCCCUGGCUUUGGGUAGAAAGGGAGCUGUUGAUGAGUACAUGGGUCGGACUGAAAAUGCAGUGGUAUUUUAUUCAAAAGCUGUGCGUUUGUUAAAAUUCCUACAAGUGGAAGCACCAUCUCUGAUUUUAAAUCCUCCAUUUUCUCUAACAAACUCGGAUCGUUAUAGGCUUCAAAAUUACAUUGAUGUCCUCAAUAACAGGCAAAGCGUUUCAAGGUCUCAAAUGAUGGCUCUGCUUAAGUGUGAGGAUCAACACUGCUCUCCUUAAAGAAGAGAGAGAGAGCUGUUAAUACAAAAUGAUGAUAACAUCUCAUGUGUACUCUGUAAAAUUCUUUGAUCUGUACAGUUAUUCUUUUAGCAUUUUAAAGAAAGUGAGAAGAAAAAGAAAAGAAAAAAGUCAACUCAUGUUCUCUAUAAUGAUUGUAACAUUCAAGUUCCUCGUUCUUCAAACAAAUUCAAUGCCCCUAGACUAUCUCUUUAUAUUCUUCUGGAGGCAAAGUCUCUUUAAGCACACUUGAGCUCUUUGUUAUCCAUCUUUUCUAAAGCUUUGUCGUGUGCC